CAACGGUUUAGUUGCAUGCAGACUGAGUCGACAUGUUGAUAUUGUUCCGCUGGUGGUGUGUCGUGCUCGUCUCCCUAAUUUGGGGGGCGACCUUGACAUUAACUCUGGAUCAAGUGAUUAGUAAUACCAGUACCGGUGACAGUAGUGAGUUUGGUAAAAUUGAACAAAGUGUGAGUGGUAAUAGUGGUGCGUCAAUAGUUCGAGUUCGGAAGGCGACGGACAUAAUGGUCAAAGUUAAAUUAAACAAUGGACGUUACCUAUACAGAAAGACGUCUUCAUCGGUCGUACCAACUGUUGCACCGCCAGGAAAAACCCGUGUAGCGAGAGGAUAUGGAACUAAAAAGAGGAGGAAGGGGUACAGUUACAGGAAACCAAGUGGGGGUUAUGUCUACACAACCCCGUCGACGACGACGACAACCACGACACGGCUUCCACCACUGUCUGUGGUGAGUGAAGUGGAGAACGAUUCUUCAUUUGUGACACCAGAUCCAGAUCCCGAAGGAGUUAGACCGGACCGAGACUUUGUUACCGAGCCACCGGAACCUCCAACGCGUCCUCCUUUUGAUCGCAAUGACAUUCGGGAUAACAUCCCAGGAGAACCUGGAUUAGACUACAAAGUGUACAGCAGCAUUCCAGACACAAACUUUUCAUGUGAAGGGAAGACUCCAGGAUUUUAUGCAGAUCCCGAGACUGGCUGUCAAGUGUUCCAUCGCUGCACAGAUGACCCUUGGUACACAGGGCAGGUCAGAGUGACCAUGGACUCAUUUCUUUGUCCGAAUGGGACAUUGUUUAAUCAGCAGAUAUUUGUGUGCGACAAUUGGGCAAAUGUCGAAUGUGAGACUACCAAAGAAUUUUAUCAAUUGAACGAGCAACUUGGGCAACUGGAAGAAACCAAUCUGGGAACUAUUCAGUAUGUUCGCUUUGGGGGUGUCCGCGUGCCACCACCACCAGGAUAUAAAAGGAAUUCUCCCAGAAUUGUGCCAAAAUCUCAACGGAAACCUUUGCCUGAUCAAUACAGGACGAAGCAAACGUACGAUGAGUACGGGGACCUAAUUCAAGAAAAGGGCAAAAGUGCGGGUAAUGGUCAGGGCCUAAGUACUAGCAACAAUAAUAAUGAAGAUCCGGAGAACCUCGCCAAUAAAUUUUUAGAAGUUGAUGGCAGAGGUUUCUCGGAAUUCAGUGCAGGUCGGACACGUCCACACGCACAAAAGGAAAAAGAUCAGGACGAUGGCGAUAAGGACGGAAGCAGUCAGAAUAUUGAGGAAGUGUCGGCGAAACCUCCAAAAAGUAACAGGAAAUCUACGAGAAAAAAUCAAAGGAAAUCGAAAACCAGUACAACGACAACCACAAGCACCACUACCACCACUCCGCCCCCAGAAGAAGAAGAAGCUGACGAUGAGAGCAAUGAAACAGAGGAAAACGAUGGCGACGAAGAAGAAGACGAAGAAACAGAAGAAGAACAAGAAGAGCAACCUGCAGCUACCAAUAGCAAGGACAAUCCUGCUAGCUUCAUAGUGAAUAGACCUCAUGGACAAACGGAUGCGGCCACGCCCCAAGGAAAUCUCCCAAAGGAAGUUCUAGAGCCACCAUCCUUUACCGGAGACCCCGUCGACAGUGAAACACAACGAAGUGCAGAAAAUGGGAAAAAUGAGAAUCCACCUUUACGACCUUCGCCCGAGGAUCCCACGUACAUUCCUCCAAUGACAGUGACGCCCAAGUCGGAGGGAUAUUCCUAUUCGAAACCUACGCAAGGAGACACGUAUCUGCCUCCAAAGAACGAGUAUGGACUGCCUCCUCCUACUCCCUCGUACUUACCACCCACGACCCCACAAACGAGUGGCUACCCCAAUACUCCACCCAGCAAUCCAUACGGACCUCCUCAAAAUAACAAUGCAUACGGGUCAUUUCAGCAACAGCAAAAUUACCAACCACCCCAAAGUAGCAACAAUGCAGGAUAUUUGCCCCCGUCAGGCCAGAACAAUAAUGCUUACCUCCCACCCCAACCUCCACAACAACAACAGAAUCAGGCAUAUGGACCACAUCGGCAAAACAAUAACGCGUAUUUGCCCCCUCAACAGCAAAAUAAUGCAUACAUUCCUCCCAACAACACGUACUUGCCCCCACAACAAGGACAAGGCUAUAACAACAACGCUUACAUUCCACCACCAGCUCAGCAACCAUCUCCUCCUCCGAAUGGUUAUCUUCCUCCCCAGCACAGUACUCCAUCCCCAUACGGACAGCCACCCACAAAUCAACCUCAAUAUCUGCCUCCCGCACCAGAACAACAAUCCCAGUACUUGCCCCCAUCUUCGCAACUAACUCAACAACAGCUCCAAAAUAGGCCCAUCAUUGUUUUACUACUUUCCCCAAAACAGGAUCACGCCAAGGAAAGAUACCUCCCCCCUCCAUCAGCUCAGUACAACAGUAACGGGCCACCCAAUUUGAACACUAAUCAUAACAAUGAUUAUCAAGCCUACGGCGCCGGUGAAACUUUCAUAUUAAGAAAUCUUCAGAACAUGGCAGCCCCUCGCCCUACGGCGCAGUACAAUAGAAGUCCAAGUGGGAAACCUCCAUCGUCGACAACUUUUGAGUUUGUUAACGUUCCUCUAGUUUCAAGUAGUCAUUCUUCGUCAAUUCAGCAAUCCAAAAUUAUAAGUAGAUAGUGUUUCUAAUCAUAAAUAGAUUAAAGAUUUAUUAAAGUGUUCCAUGAAUGCUAGAAGAUAUUUUUGUUACGUUUUUUAAUGCUGAUAAUACUAUUGUCCUCCAAGACAUAAAAUGCACAAAUGAAAUAAAAGAAGAAAUUGAA